CGCCGGCAGCUCUGUUUGGAGGAAUGCUCUGCUAGCUCUCCUCGCCAUGUCGCGCUUGCCGCGUCUGCCAUUCCAGCAUCGGAACGUUCGAUGUGGGGAUGUAGAGAAAAAACCAAGCCCGUCGAUACUACAAGUGGACCCUGGAAUAAGUGGUGGCUUUUCUACGCGGAUUCUCACGCCCGGCACCCCUAUCUAGUCUCUCCAGGAGACCACGACACCGAAAGUUCUUUCGCAGUUCUGUACUUAUUUUCUAAUUUCCCCCACCCGCCAUCUCUGACUCCAAGCCAGGUUUCCCCUCUGAACUCUGAAGAGGAACGAGAAAGAAGAGAGACCUCGCUUGCGGUUGAAGUGGCACAGGCCAACGCCACACACCGACACACAAGAGAUUAUUUUAAACUCCUUCGCCGUUGCAUCCAUCUCCCGCCUUCUGAAAAUCCGAUCCCCACACGCGGCCCGCGGGCGCAUGAAACAGCUCGCCUGACGCUGCCAGACACGACCCAAGCAGCGGCGGCGAUCUUGCGCCAGGAGCCCAGGACUCUUUCACUUCGUAUUAGAGCGGAGAGCGGAAUACCGGGAGAAGAUUUGCAGGCGCCGACUUCAAGCCACGGAGAUGGACUGCUGGAGCUGAUCAGCAUCAGCGAGUUUGACGAUUCUUAGCCGUUGCAGCACAUUAGCCAUGGUCCCUCUGGUUUUUCUUUAAGCAAUGCUUGAUGGUUUCAUAAACCCUUUUAAUACUCACUAAGUUUUGUUGAUGCACAUUCGGUGAAUCGACAUCAGACAGCCACACAGGGCAAGGCAAAGCAAGGCAAGUAGUGAGUAGCUGAUUGCAUAUGCUCCCGUUGAUUCGGUGCCAUAAGGGAAAUCUAGGUAAUUAUGUGAGCAGAUUACAAUUGUAGAAUGUAGUACUUGGUGCCAACCUCUAAAACUUUGUGUAACCACGGCCGUUUUUAGCAAAUCCUUACUCUAUAUUUGAAGUAGCAACGGCCAUGUCCCUGUCCUUGUGAGCGCCUCUUUUUUUUUUGUUACAAAGCUGGGUUCUUCGGUUCUUCCACUGUUGGAUCCAGCAUUCUUCAGGAAAUUGUAGAGCUAACAUUCUUCAAGAAAUUUCACGUCUCUUCUAUCUAUCGCCGCCUUUCUACGUACCAUACUGAUAGCGAUGCCCCCUUGGUUUGUUAAACACCGAGUAUUGUUCACUUGUUCAGCCGCCUCGAGCCGGUGGAAAUCCCUGACCCUGAGCAAGAAGACAACCACUAAGUCACAUGGAUGUCACCGAAUAUUCUUGCCUUUAGUUGCUUAUUUUUAUGCCCGCUUUCAGAGAGAUCAGCUCGUUAAAAGUACGUCAUUUCCAAACAGAAAACACACACAAAGCGAUCAAAGUUCGGCUAACUGAAGAAAGGAGAAAAAUAUUUAAAGUUAGGCUAUGUAAAGAGCUGCAGCUUGCCAUUGCACCAAGAUGACAAGGUUAUGUUGGACUUGGGACACUCCGGAGUCCGAUGCAUGUUGAUGCAUUAACUAUCUGUCUCGUGAUCUCAAGUAACUUGAGAACAUAUCUGUAUUUCUGUACCAUGGUCCUAUCGACAGCAAUUGAAACUUCAUUUACUGAACAGCAUCCAGCAUUGUACUGUCACAAUAAGAGGCGGUAAUAUUCCUUGCAAGAUCGAGCGGCAGUAAUGUCUGGUUGUGGUGAAGGAAGCCUUAAAAGAUGCUGCGUGUGUGGUGACAGAGGGUCACAGGCCAGGUACAUGAAGUCAAUCAAGUCAUGGACUACUGAUCUUGUUUUAGUACUACUAGUAGGCCACACUAGGCCAGGGCCAGCCAUGUUUGACCCGAUGGUCAACGCUGCAGAAACAGUGUUACGGUACUCACAGACUCGUCAGUUUGGGCGAGUUAAAAAGAAGGCCAAAUAAAUGGCCAGUCAGCAUCACACUGAUCCGGUCGUUCUGGUUGUGCUGCUGCAGCUGCGUGUUGGCAUAUUUUUUUACAGUUGACAGUCGAGACUUUGUCUAGUCGUGACAAUUUAAGCGAGCUGAAACUUCGACGUGUUACCUGCAGAUUAAUAGACACGUACGACAUGCUGUUCUGAACUCUCGAAGUGCUCUUCUACUGUUUGGGCGAGGAGUUGGGGCGGCAGCGAGAGAUGGUUCCGCACGAGGCCAGCAGCUCGAGGCACGAGAUCGUGGAGGUCUUGGGCGAGCCCGGCGAGCCAUCAUCGCCGGGGACAAUGCGGCUGAUCGACUUCAUCCCCGUCUACAUUCCGACGGUGGAGAGGGGCGCGCUGAGCAGGAGCGCGCGCAAGAGCCGGUUCCUGGACUUCCUCCGCGCCCGCCCUUCCAAGGACUGGUUCCUCCGGUCCAACUUCGUCGGCCGCCUCCGCCGCAGGAAUCAAACGUCUUCGUCUUCAUCAGUGGAAGAAGACCGGGAAUCCCACGGGAUCAACGCUGGUGUUGGUGGUGUCGAGUGCCGGCCGCGGACGCGAAGGCGGUUCCGCGUGCCGUUCGUGCGGAAGAUCAAGUGGGGCAAGCUCUGGACCUACACGGUGAGCUGGUGCCGGCAGCCGGCCAACUUCGGGAUGAUCAUCUGGCUGGCGUUCGUGGCCGCGGGGCUGCUGCUGCUGUUCCUGCUCAUGACGGGGCUGCUGGACGAGGCCAUCCCAAAAGAGGAGCGGCGGAAGAAGUGGACGGAGGUGACCAACCAGAUCCUCAACGCGCUCUUCACCAUCAUGUGCCUCUACCAGCACCCCAAGAUCUUCCACCACCUCGUGCUGCUCCUCCGCUGGCGGGCCGGCCCCGGCGGCGACCGCGCGGAGGUCCGCGAGGCGUACUGCAAGGAAGGCGCCCCGCGGCCGCACGACCGCGCCCACAUGCUCGUCGUCGUGGCGCUGCUGCACGUCACCUGCCUGGCCCAGUACUUCUGCUGCGCCCUGUACUGGAGCUACUCGAGCACCGACCGCCCGGACUUGCCGCUCAACAUCGGCAACGGGCUCGGCACGGGGGUCCCUGUCGUCGCCGUCCUCUACGUGGCCUACAGCCCGUUGGGCCGGAGGCAGGCAAACGAGCCCGACACGGAGCUGUCGUCAGUGUCGGCUGGCGGUCGCCAAACCAGGACGGAUCAUCAGAACGACGGCGAGGACGUGGAGAUCAGGAUUUACAACCGGUCCGUGGUGGUGAGCAGCCCGGAGUGGAGCGGGGGGCUGUGCGACUGCUGCGACGACGGGACGGUGUGCGCGCUGUCGGCGGCGUGCACGUGCUGCGUGUUCGGCUGGAACAUGGAGCGGCUCGGGUUCGGCAACAUGUACGUGCACGCAUUCACCUUCAUCCUGCUCUGCGUCGCGCCCUUCUUCACCUUCAGCGUGACGGCGCUCAACAUCCACGACGACGACAUCCGCGACGCCGUCGUGGCCGCGGGGGUGCUCCUGGGAUUCUGCGGCUUCCUCUACGGCGGCUACUGGCGGACGCAGAUGCGGAAGCGCUACAAGCUGCCUCCUGCUGCUGCAGCAGCGUCCGGGGACGGCGGGCGCUGCUGGGCCGCGACGGGGGACUGCGCCAAGUGGCUAUUCUGCUGGAGCUGCGCGCUGGCGCAGGAGGUGCGGACGGCCAACUUCUACGACGUGGAGGACGACCGCUUCGUUGUGCAGUACGGCGCGCGGGACGAGGAAGGGCGCGCCGUGCUCGUGCCGCUGCCGCGGGAGGCCACGCACUCCCGGAGCCUGUCGUGCCCGCCCAAGAUGGGCGCCAUGAUCAGCAGCCUAAUGGAUGUGGAGAUGGCCGGCGUUGCUGCCAUGGAGAGGUCGGCCACGUACAGCGGAAACCACCAUGCCAUGAGGCCGCCUCUGCCUCCGCUGAUACAAAUGGACCGGGAAGACUAGUCGCAGUUGCCACCUGUCACCUGUACUGUGUCAUCGUAGACCCUGUCUAUUGGGUUUGCUGCGAUCGAUCCUGUGUAUAUUAUCAUGAUGUAAACUUGCGACGCUGAUGAGAUGAGCU